GGCGGGGCCUCCUGUCGGCCGGCAGGGGGCGCGCAACUGACCGGGAGUCGACGAUUUCAUGGAGGGGGCGGAGGCCGGGGAGCGGGCCGCGGUGGCCCAGGAUCUGCUCGCCCUGGGGUAUGAGGGUUUCCUGGGGGCGGCGCCUCUGGGCACCCCGUGCCCCGACUUCAGGGCGCUGUGCGCGUGGCUGGCAGCGGAGCUGGCGACUCUGGGAGCCUGGAAGCGGGAGGAGGGCGCUGAGACGCUGAGCGCCGGCGACGGCCCCGGAGAGGAGGAAUUUCUGCGCCAGUUGGCGGGCCUGCUACGGGAGUUGCACUGCCCAGACCGAGCGCUCUGCGGCAGAGACUGCGCAGCAGCUCUGCGGAAGCCCGGCGCGUGCCUACGCCUGCUGCGCUUUCUCUGCUCCGAGCUCCAGGCUGCCCGCCUCCUCCGCCUGCAUGCCCGGCGGAAUACCAGACCUGUGCUGUCCAGUUGGGAAGGAGCAGAGAAGGGAGCUGGAGUGGUCCAGGAACUUGUCCUUACCCUCCAAGCUCUGGAGCUGCCCAGACCCACGCAAGGGACCCUUGCCAGCCAGCUGCUGUGGGAGUUGCAUGCCAAGAUCUCAGAGCUGCUGCCUUCCCUGCCCCCAGGGUCCCUGCAGGCCCUCCUCAGCCACCCACUGGAUGCACCUAGAUGGGAGGCACUGGAGUUUCUGUCCCAAAGCCUGGGAGAUCAAUACUUCUGCCGCCGCCGUCUGCUCCUCAAGCGCUUGGACCUCACAAUAUCUGCUUUCUGUUGGAGUGACAGGGCAGAGGUGAGGGCAGAGGACCUUAGCAGGAGCAGUGAGGCCCAGCUGUGGAGCUGCUACUGCAGGAAGAAUGAAGCCAGGAAGAGUACCCUCUUGCAGGCCCAAGGAGAAGUCAUAAAGGCAGUGCUGACCCCAAUUCAAGAGGUUCUGACUCCAGCAUCAGAUGUCUCUAUUGCACACGUCCUGGCUGCCCGAGCUGACCUGUCUCAUCUUGUCCCAGCCACCAGCAAGGCUGCUCGUCAGGGGACCUGCUGUGCCAUCAACAAGGUGCUUAUGGGCAACAUGCCAGACCGGGGGGGCCGCCCAAGUGAGCUGGAGGCGCCCAUGCCCAGGUGGCAGAGUAGAAGAGAGGACGGAAGCAGACAGAAGGUGGGCCGCCAGUGUUGGGGCCGCAAGAAGAAGAAGAAGUAAAGGGAGACUGGUGGUAGCGGGUGGGGGGAUUGUCUGUGAGGUGUUGAUGCCAGUGACCAUUUCUGAGGAGUCUGUUUGAGGGUUUCUCUUGACACGUGGGCCCCACAACCCAUUCCUGAGACCUCAGAUGUCCUCCCCCUGACCCACCACUCGACACCAAGGACCAUGUUCUCUGGAAAAUAAAAUUAAUUUAUGACAGA